GAAGCAUACCUUAUCUCCCAGCCAGAAUCAACAAGGUGCUAUAGCAAAAAAAAAACUAACAAAAGUGUCACGCAGAUGGAGAUCAAGUGGAUGCAAAGCACGUUUCGGAGGCAAAUUUGUUUUGUCUAUUUAGCCGUCAAAACAAUCCAGCCGCCUUGUGCAUGCAUGCUGCGUGCAUGCCAGCUGCUACGAAGGCUCCAUUCAGCUGUCCAACCAAUAGCUCCAGCAUCGAGUCGUCUAAACUACUAACGUUUGAUCACGUGAUAUACCAUUGACCAAUCACAACACUUGGCGCCAAAUGCUGAUUGUUGUCUGCGAGAAUCACGGGAGCCAGCCGGUUGACAGCACGAACGGCACGAAGCCGACGAAGCGAGGAAGUACGAAUACGAGCUUUUACGAGGCUCGCGGCUGCUCUGUUUGGCGUAUCCCGUCUCUGAGGGCACGAGAGUCAAAUUCGAAAUGGAACGGACAGACUUCGAUUUGACCUUCAGCUGCCCGAUAUGCUUCUGUCCGAGCAUCAACAUCGUUUUCGGAAGCUGCCAGCACUACGCCUGCAGCCAGUGCUUGUACGACGACGUGGACGACAGCCUCAGAUCCACCUUGUCGAAGUGCCCCAUCUGCAAACGGCCGAACGCGUUCCCCCCUUCAAGGCCUUUUAUCCCCGAAUCCACCAGACAACUGAUGCGGAUGGUCGGGGUCGUGGAGUGCAAGCACAAGAGGUGCUCCCAAGAGAUGUGGACAUGGGAACAAGAACAGCAUGAGACGGUGUGCCCAGCUGCCAAGAAGGCAAAGAAGGAAAGCAGGCCUCCCGCACCGCGGCCUGCAACUUCGCGACCCAAGACUCCCCCUUUGCGGCCUCUGGGAAGCAGGGGAAUAAUGGUGACUACACAUAUCUCGGGGCGCAGCCGUGGCGCUGCCAGCAGAUCCAGUAGCAGCCGCAAGUGACAGACACGUCUGGCAACGACCUUGCCUUGCACGGACAAUCUGGCUAUCAAAAUUUAUUUAAUUCUGUUGCUACAUUCAAGAGAAAAACUCAAUCGGCUUUGAUUGUAUUUGGUGCAUUGCUGGAUCAAAUUUUUCUUUUCAUCCUGGCAUUUGACCAUUCCUGUUCGGCGGCGCCUGUUGAUGCUCGAGUUUGUCGUCCGCAUCCAGGAAGGUUUGUGCGCUGUAUUUAUUGUUGUGUUUCGUUGACCGGUGCUCGGCCAAUGAGUUGUGUCUCGUACUGUCGAACCAGUUUUGUUUGUACGACAAGGUGUCUAAAGAAAAAGUUUGCCCUCUAGAACAGUUCGCGGAAGAAAACGAUGUGAGGCAGCGUGCUGCAAUUUCAUUCGAAGUCACACUUUUCAAACUGUAAUGUCAAGCCAGAUUUCAAGCUUCUCCUGGUUCCUUUUGUGUCAGAUGGGACAAACCCCAUUAUGGGACCCAUUAUACUUUAAUUUCUAUUCUGUACACAAGUCGUUGAGGCGGUAAAAUCUUUUAUGCGUUUUAAGGCAAAGGUAGCGAUUUUUUGGACAGAAGGUAGUAAGCCACUUCGUUUUCUUUUCGUUUUAAAGGAGCGACCUUUAUUUUUGCAUCCCGACCAAGGGCCUUCCCGAAACAAACGGUCUGGAGGCUUGGGCAAACGAUCAAAUAUGUAUCUGCAUUUAUCUACGGUCUCGGAAAGAGCCGUCAAUUAUCAUGUGCUUGUGACAAUGACUGCACUCUAGUCUACUGUUUGUGCUUCAGGACGGGAGGGCUCCUGAAGGCGAGUGUUUUUAGACGUUUACCUCUCGGACAAAGGCUUCGGUGAGGGCAUGCUUUCUAGCGUCAACACUUCAGUAGUCGUCCCAGCACAUGUCGGAGAGCAAUCUGUGCUGAGAACGUCGGGACCAGCUUGCUAGAAACUGUGUUCCAGCCAAGAUUGUGAAGGAAAGCCUACCAAGUCUGGUGCGCACGAGCACUUGAGACUUUGACAUGCCAAUCUGUGCUUGCAUUAUUAGCUUUCGCGGUCUUUUCUUCCAUGUGGCUUUGGCUGAGACAUCAUUUCUAGUAAGCCGGACGAGGUGUGUGUAGAAAGCAUGGUGUAUUACUCUCCAUGUGCCUGCAACGCAGUUCUGUUCCCGCUUUUUGUGCAGUUUUGAUGAAAAUAAAUUGUUGUUUCCAGAAA